AUGAGGUUGCCAACUUUGAAAACAGUGUCGAUAGGCUCUUUACUACUGUUGACAUCAUCUGUGCUUGUCUCCGCUGAAAACUUCAUUAACGGAACCAACCAAAAUGCAAUCAAUUCUGAUAUACAACAUUAUGGUACUACAAACCAUCAACACACCAAGAAUACUCUGGUAGAAGACCAAAUUUUUGAUUCAACCACCACUCACCCAUACACGCAGCAUGACAUAUCUUCAGUCCCCACUGCUCUCUAUGGAACAAGCCAUACUACGACGGUUGCUGAAAAAACCAUGAUUACAGACUCAUUUGACCAAUUUCAUGCUUCCGCGACUGAACAUCAAAAAACGUCUGCUACACCUAGUCAUGUCACAAUUAUAAAUUCCAAUGACCUUAUCAAUAAUAAUACACCACAACCUACUGAGCAUUACGAUACCCAUUCUAGUUCCACAACCACGACCUUAGUUGGUUCGGCUUCGACUAAUGAAUGGAGUUCAGCAUCAGAAAAUCAGAACGGUUCACAGAAUUCAGUUCCCAUAGCUCCCAGCGUUGAUACCACUACGGCACAGACUACUCCUUCAACUGCUGUUUCGCCUACUCCAACCACGACUGAUACUACACCAUCCCAACAAACAGAUACAAUACACACAACGGACACGGCUCAUGAUGAGACGUCUCAUUUUGAGCAAAGUACGCAACUGUUACCUACUACGACUCCACUAGUAGCAACGUCUACUCCUUGGGAAACCCAAAUUACCGAAACGAUUUUACCUGCUUCCACCACACGCGGAACUGUUGAUACCGCUCCAAGUGACAAUACUUCCAAAGCAACUGCUACCUCAGUGACAGCUACAGCACCUAUUGCUCCUAUAACAACAAUUGCUUCUUCCGCCCCCAUCGACUCCCCUACAACAACGACGUCCCUGAUAGCACCUGUUGAUCCUACUACCACUACUGCACCUUCAACAAUACCCGUGGAACCUGCGACAACAGCAACAUCUUCGGAGGUACCCGUCGAGCCUGCGACAACAGCAACAUCUUCGGAGGUAUCCGUCGAGCCUGCGACAACAGCAACAUCUUCGGAGGUACCCGUCGAGCCUGCGACAACGACAACACCCACAGCAGUUCCAAUCGAACCCACGACCACUACAACACCUUCUGCUGUAUCUAUUGAACCUACAACAACCGCGACACCUUAUACGGCACCUGUGGAACCAAGUACAACGAUGAGAACAACUGAGCCUACUGGGACUGUAAACUUUCCCUCUUUGACAAGCGAAGCUCCAACAGCAACACCGGUGGCUCCUGCGCUAACUGAGGGGACCUCCACCGGACCUGUUGAACCUGCAACAACAUCUACUGCUUUUUCCACUUUCGAGUCUGCAACUGAAGCAUCCACGACCGCAGUUACGGAUACGGUGCCAGAACCAAGCACCUUGCAGCCGUUAGUGUCCCCAGUCGUAACAUCAACAACAGAGGAUAGUACCACCGCUCAACUAAUUGAGCCUACGUAUACUCCAACUUCUGUAGAGACUGUUUCAUCACCUGCCGCUCCACUGCAACCUUCUACUACAAUCAUAGAGGGAAACCAGCCAUCUUACAUUCCAACUUCAACUGUGUCCGAGAUGAUGGCACCAAGUUUUACAGCUACAACGUCGGUACCAGAAAUGCAAUCUUCCACCCAAGUAAAUGAUGUUCCGAGCGUUACAGAAACCACGACAGCCAGCGUAGGGCAACCAUCUUUAUUAAGUUCAGCCUCAACACCAGCCGCUACCGCUUCAACGUCGACUAUCAUUAUGGAGGGCAGUGUUGCACCAGUUAGCACAUCCAAUCCUGUACCUACACAGUCCACCACUACUUUAGUAGGUCCAAUGACCAGUGCUCUACCUUCAUCAAUUUCUUCCUCUGUGAACUCUACUAGCGAAACCACUGAUAGCGAUUGGUGGAUUCCAACAAGAUUACUGACUGAAACUGCUGCUGUUGAAACUGCUUCUAAUACCGUGAGUACGCUUUCUCCUUCCGCUACGAAAUAUAUGCCACAGGUAAUUAUGGCACCAGGUGACGUUACAGUCGCAGAAGGAUACACACUUAUCACAAUUGGAUUCAAAAAACCUUUACACUACGAGUUCGUUGUUACUCAACCUAAGUCAUCUGCGCAAAUUAUAUCGUUUUUACCAAACUUACUAAAUCAACCUUACGGAAAUAUCUUCUCCAACAUAUCUGUGCUACAGCUAGUACCAUUACAGGAUAGUUCCAUAUCCUACUAUGUGACAGUCGCAGAAGUGUACUUUCCCACAGCGGAAAUUACAAACCUCUCCCAACUGGUCAAAGAUACAAGUAGCAUACUUUACACGGAAGUCAGUGAAUCUCUUAAGACACUUGCCGAUAUGAUUGAUCCAUCCAUUCCAAUCACCGGCCUCGUCAAAAAUGCGACACAAACUGUAGACGGUUCUUCUGAUGGUUCUGAUAACGCUUCCGGGUCCAAUUCCUCUUCCACGUCUUCUAAGCAAGGAUCCUCCGGGUCCACAGAUGCUGAUAGUGACAAUAUUGGUACACUAGAGUUUUCCUCGAAGUCAAAGUCUGGUUCAAGCACAAACUCAAAUUCUGAAUCAAAACCAUUAAACAAGAAAAAAAUCAUUGGCCUUGUAGUCGGCGUUGUCGCUGGUGCAAUCAUGUAUUUCUUUUUGAUGGGAUACUCUAUCAAAUACUUGAUUGAUAAGUAUAAGAAAAGACAAAGGAGUAAUGUAAUUCAGUUCCCUGAUGACUCCUCACUGAGUUCGAAUGAAUCAUUAGCUGUCGAGAAGGGCAAACGAAAUAGCGAGUAUGUACUCCAAUGGAUGGAUGACGUACACUAUGGCUCUGAGAGGUCUAAUUUCUCAAGGUCGGGAUCUGGAAUUCGGGCAGGCAAUGGGAGUGAGAAGAACACCAAGUUAAAGAUCUCUAAUCCUAUUGCCACGGAGAACUCAUUAGGAUGGCAUGAAGAUGGCUUGUAA